UGACAUAAACACCCGAUUGUCCAACGCGAGAACGAUUUGAGUAGUUGUUAAUCUCCGCGAUGGUGACAUCGCAUUCAUCGGAAUGGUUAUGAUUUAGCGACAAUGUGGAAAUUACUGUAAGAAUAGUCAUACAAAGGACAGAAAUGGGUGAGAAGGAAGCGGCGGUGUCUAAGGUGGAUGCUGAAGAAACUAAAGCGGAGUUCAUAUGGACCCUCCAGGCCACGUGGCACCUGGUCAACACCCGUCUGGAAAUGGAUCAGGCUUUUGAGAAGCCCGUGUGUAAGAAGAAGAAGCUUUGGGAGACGGUGGCCGAGAGGGUCAAUGCCCGCCUGAGGGAGGAGGCACAGGAAGUGUCCGACGUGGUCGUCAAGGCUCACGAGUGUGACCUGAAGUGGAGAAACAUGCUCACAACCUACAGGAAGAAUGCAGCGCGGGCUAAGAGGCAGGGUGAAGCCGCUGUUCACUGGGAGUUUUUUGGGGCAAUGCACCACGUUUUGGGUCAAGAAGUGCAGGCCGGGCAGGGCGCCAAGAAGGGUGGGACAAAGGCUAGCAGUAAGAGGUUCACGCCUAUUCUGCCGUCACCUCCCCCAGCGGUGCCCUCGACAUUGUGCGGACCGAGGCCGCCGCAGGAUGUCCUGCAGCUGUACAUGGAGCUGCAAGAAAGGAAGUUGAACAUGUGGGCCCAGCAGAAGGCACUGGAGGAGCGGAAGAUUGAGGCCAUCAACAACCUGGCCCACGCCAUCGCCAGCCUGGCGCAGAAGGACAAAGAAAGGCGAUAAACGGACAGAUGGACUCACGUGGAUAUCAUACUGUAGAUAUCAGGAUGACACACAAAAUGACUAUUUUGUCAUUAAAAAAAAAACGAAUUUAUCUCACAAUACUUUGUAUUACGACUUAAAAAAAGGGACAACUUUAUUCUCAUAAUAUAACAUCACUAUCGAUAUUAGAAUCAUUAACAUCAUUUUAAACAGUAUGGUGGAGUUGUCUAAACAUGCCCAGUCCACGAUAGACUCCACCUCUCGCCACAAAUUCAGCUGGUAUAAACUCCAGAUGUCAUUUAUAUGUUAAGCAAAUAAUCAGUAAAAUAACAGUCACUUGUUCAAUGUAACCGUGGCAAACACUCAUUAUUUGAAUGCUGUUUUUCACCAGUAUGACUGCAAAUAAAAAGGCCUUGAAGGCCCAGAAACCAAA